GAGUUUCCAUACGGCACAACUGAGCAACGGCUUCACAACAUCUUGUUCUCCUUUCCUUUUUGCCAGUUCCUGUGCGUUUUGAGGAGCAUACAGAUAUGGUGGUGCUGAGGUUGGUCGUAUUACUCCAGGGGCUGCUUCUUGCAGCACGGUGUGAGGUCAGAGCCAGAGACCCGGAGGUAGAGGAGGAAGAUGAGCUGAAAGACAUGUCGGAUGGUGGUGGAUGGGACCAUAGAGUUCCACUAGUAGGGUUUGGAGCACCUCAGCAUGGUGAAGGACUAAACAGGCAGAGCCCUGAUGUCUAUGGAGCUGUCCACCAUCCUCUGGGUCAUGGACACCAAGAUCCAAGCCGUGGACAUCUUUCUCCGGAUGUGCCUGAGGAAACAUCAUCUACAACUGAGAGGAAGGGCUCUCUUCCACGCACUGGGAAUUGGUGUGCGUUUGUUCACAAGCGUGCUGUUACUGUGGCAGUAUCCUGUGGAACUGAGAAAUACACCAUCAAGUCCCAGAGUCCCUGUCCUAGCGGCACCCCAGAUUGCCAGCUAGUCAUGUACAAGCUGUCCACUCGGCCAGUGUACAGAGAGAAGCAGAAAAUAUACACUGCACUGCUGUGGCGAUGCUGCCCCGGGCAUGCUGGGAAAAACUGUGAGGAGACAGUCACAGAUGGCCAUGUCUCUGAGUCUCAAGACCCCACCAUGGCAGGCAGACCACAUCCGGGAGGACUUGAAGCGACAGGCAGACGAUAUAACAAACUAAAUCAAGAGAACAGAGAGCAGAAUGAUUUCCAAAUGUUUGGCGGUCCACAGUAUGAAGCUCAACAACCUGAUUUAGAGAAUCAAACUGCAACGGAGCCCGUCGAUGAUUAUGAUCACAGCCCUCAUGCUGGCCGUGACCACCAUAACAGUCACCACUUUGAGAGGAGAGACCCUCAUGCUGUAAAUGAAGGCUUUCUUCACCCUGAUCACUACGGGCUCUUGAAAGAGGCUGUGCUGUCUCAGCUGCAACCUGUGUUGGAAAACUUCAAUCUAACCCUGGAACGGCUCUUUCAGGAGGUGCAGGGUUUGCAGCAGGACAUGGCCCAAAUCCGAUCUGAUCAGUUGCAGGGAAGGGUCGUUGAGCCUCUAGAGGUUGGUGGUGAGGAGCACAAUCUACAGGAGGCUGUUGAGGUUGAGUUGAGGGAGAGUUUACAGAAACUGGAGGAGGUGAAAGCUCAGUUUCACAACCAUCGCCAUGAGGUAGAAGCAAGGCUCCAUGCACAGCAUACCAUGUUACACUACAACCUGACAAAUUUCAAGACGGACUUAGACGUCAAAAUCAAACGUCACCAAAAGAUGUUGCAGGUAAAUCUCCAGUCUCUGAACACAUCAAUGUCUGAAGUGAUACAAGAGCAAGAGAGGCUGGACGAGGAAUUUCAGAAGAUUCGGCCUGAAAAUAAGGUUGAUCCCAUACAGAGUCAGUCUCAUGAUAGCACAGCUGUCUGGGAGGCCAUCACGCGUCUGGAUAACAAAGUCAUCAACAACACAGUGGUACUUAGUGCCUUGAUUGAAGGCCACGAACAAGUGACUGCAAACAUCAAGGACCUCCAGAAUGGUUGGAGAGAACUGGACAAUAAAAUAGUCCAGACUGGCCGCAACAGCCAGAUUCAGUUUAUGGAGACUGGUUUGGAGGUGGAGGCAGCGAAGGUAGCAGUCCUUGACCGUAUUAAUGAGCUGAGCAGCAACAUUAGCCUUCUCCAGCAAGCCCUGCAGGAGAUGGAAACCGAUGUUGACUAUCUUUUUACAGAGUAUUACAAGAAUAUAAGUUCAGCAAGAGGGGAAUGUGACUGUAUCGCUCUUGGAGUAUCUGUGACGCAGUUGGAACAAACUGUAGCUAAUGUGAUGGCGAUAGCGAAUGAAAACAAGUUGUCACAGGAGCGUGAGGUGCAAGAGAUGUUGGACAAUCGGGACAAUGGCGCUUGGGUCCCAUCUGUGGAAGACCUCAAACUAGGGCUACUGAAUGUGCAACGGUCCCUUUCUUUUGAGCAGGAAAAGAGCAGAAUGUUACAGCACAAUGUGACUCAGCUCCUGACCUCUUUCCUGGACAGCAAGCAGGAUAUUAAAACACUCCAGAAGCAGAACAGGACCACUUUCGAGAAGAUCGAGCACCUAAGUAGCAUUUUCGACACCUUGCUUCAGGAUGCCGUUCGUCACUCGGAGGUGCUACAGAUUUUGCUUGGGGAAGAGGUGCUGGAGUUCAUACGCAGGACCAGAAACGGUUCUCAUCAGGACCAGAAACGUUACUCUAUACCAGAAUUGAGGGAAAGCAUUAGAGUCAUGCAAGAGCAGAUCAAUAAACACAGCCCCAGCUUAGCCUCAAUGGUGAACUCUGCUACCCCUCAGGUGACGGCAGCAGAUGAGCCCUCUGUGCUUGCAGACUGGGCCUCGGUGGGCACCAAAAGGAGACAUGGGGAUGAAAGAUUUGACCUCUCCGAGGAACUGCCGGAGUACUCUGAUGAUGACUUCUGGACAUUAGAGAAAACGGUAAAAGAGCUUGGAGCUCACAUCAAACAGCUUGAGGAAUAUCAAUGCCCUUCUUGCUGCAACUGCAAUAAAACUGCUACCACUGGUGGUGUGGAGGUGAAACUGCAGUCCGAGGUGGAUACUUUGCGUAAGGACCUCGAGACCCACCUUGGAGUUUUUAACAGCAUUUUCAGUAACACAGAGGGACUUGCUGACUCUGGGGUGUCGGUGGAUUUGGAUGAAUUGUCAGCUUUGAUGAAGAGAAAGGAAGCAAAGCAACAAAACAAGAAACAAAAGAGAGCAGACAAAAGAGCUGUUCAGACAGGAGACCAAGUGUAUUUCCGCAGCAAGAGAGAUGCAUCUCUGGAGUCUGCAGUGCUUCGUCAGCUCCCAGAUAGUCCAAUUAUGUUCCUGGCCAGCAGUACAGAAGGUGCUAAUGGAUCUGGCACAAUCCUUUUUGAAAGCGUGGCCCUAAAUCAUGGACAGCUAUACUCACCAAAAACAGGCAUAUUUCGUGCUCCUACUUCUGGUGUCUAUCUCUUUGUGGUGACACUUGACUUUGGACCAGGUCCCUCUCUGGCUCAAUUAAAGAGAGGUGGAGAGGUAGCUGCCUCCUUAAGGCAGAACCCGAGGAAGUUGGGUGCACCUGCAACACGUGUCUGCAUCCUGCAGAUGGAGCAAGGAGAGGAACUCCGUCUAGAGCUGGUGCAGGGAACUAUAGAGCGCAACAACCCACAAGAUAACACAUUUGCUGGCCUACUAAUGCUGCAGACCACCUGAGAACAUGCGACACUCUAAAGGUGAAAGACUGAAAGAAACUCUUUUUUUUUUUGCACUGCCCAUCAUUUAAAUUUUUCUUUCAGGAUCUGAGAAACUAAAAUAACAGCUCAUGUUGUUAAUAAUAGGGACAGGUUAUUGAGACAUGGAGCAAGAUUUAGAUGAUGUGGCCCUGUCUGGUGGAAUAGCAGAAGUCUUACAUUUGGCUUCAAUGUGACAACUACAUUAUAUUCCUUACAUGCGCUGUGCCCUAAACAGAUUUCAAAAUAUUGUACUUUUUCAGUAAAAUAUAAGACACACCAAAAACACAGAAAAAAAAAUUGUGUACUAAAAUUAUAUAUUUUUUAAAAGAUUACAUGGACAAAUAUUAUACAGAGUAUGAGGCCUACUUAUAAGGUACCCUUUCAACAUGGGGCUGAAUAAACCAAAACAUUUUUCCGAA